AUGAAAAUUGCUGUGAUACUUGCACUUGUUGCUGUCUCUAGCUGUCAUGCUAACCUUUUCUAUGCUGAUGAGCCCAAACCACAACUAGAACAGCUAACUGAUGUGUUCUGGGAUUAUGUUGCUAAGGCAACGCGCACUGCUGAGGAUACUCUUAAAAUGAUAAGGGAAUCUCAACUGGGUCAGGAAGUCAAUGCCAGAAUCACACAGGGAACUGAUAUGGUCAACCAGUAUGCUGUCACACUUCAAAAGCAGGUGCCACCUAUGGCUCAGGAACUCUUGGACAAAAUCACCAAGGAGGCUGAGUCACUGAGGGAGCGCUUGGAUCAGGAUCUGGCCAGCGUGAAGGGUAAACUGGAGCCUUAUGCUGAGGACCUAAAAACCCAACUCCAGCAGAGGGUGGAGGAGCUCAGGGCUGCUGUGGCCCCCUUUGCUGAGUCACAGGAUUUUGAAACACUGAAGGCCACCAUUGUUCAGAAGAGUGAAGAGCUAAAGGAGAACCUGGAGAAGAGACUGCAGGAUGUACAAUCCCAGCUGAGUCCCUACACAGAGGAGCUGAGGCAGAAAGUGGACCAGAGGCUGAGGGACUUUCAGGAAAGAGUAGUGCCCUUGACAGAAGACCUCCAGAUCAAAUUGUCAGAGAGAGCUAAAAUGGUUCAGCAGAGCCUGGCACCCUAUGCUGAGGAUCUGAAGGAAAAGCUGGAUCCCUACGCCCAGGAUCUGAAGGAAAGACUCACCACCCUCUAUGAGUCCUUCACCAAGACCAGCUAA